CAUCGCGCGACUUUGCUUUUCUGUUUUUUUGCCACGUUUCCCGGUUUUCUGCAGGAAAACGUCGCCUCGGUCGCUCCGCCCUCCGCCACUGCGGCUGUGCUCCGGAUCAGUCUGCAGCCAGGGGGCUUCUUCUUCUCUCGGAGGGACCGGAGCGGCUUGAUGGGGGAAUGAGGACCCGGUUCUGACCGCAGGGCGGCUCGUCCUCCCGGCCACACGCGCCAUGUACCGCACGCUCCGGGAGCUCGUGCUCCCCGGCGCGCGCUGCUGGGAUGCCGCCAGUGAGAGGUCAUACCAGGACCUGUUCGAGAGGCUGGACACCAACAAGGACGGCAGGGUGGAUGUGGCGGAGCUCCGAGCGGGCCUCCAGGCGAUGGGCAUCUUCCGGCAGGGCGCCGCUCAGAAAAUCGUGUCCUCCGGAGACCAAAACAAAGAUGGGACUCUGGACUUCAGUGAAUUCACCAAAUACCUGAAGGAGCACGAGAAGAAGCUGUGGCUCACGUUCAAGAGUCUGGACAAAAACAACGACGGGCGACUCGAUGCUUCAGAGAUCCAGCAGUCCCUGGCAGAGCUGGGGAUCGACGUCAGCAGAAGCGAUGCCCUGAAGAUCCUGCAGAGCAUGGACAUUGACGGAACCAUGAUGGUGGACUGGAACGAGUGGAGAGAGCACUUCCUCCUGUGUCCCGCCCACAACCUGGAAGACAUCAUCCGCCACUGGAAGCACUCGGUGCUUGACAUCGGCGACAGUCUCGCCAUCCCAGACGAGUUUACAGAGGAGGAGAAGAGCUCGGACGUCUGGUGGAAGCAGCUGGUCGCCGGCGCGGCGGCGGGAGCCGUUUCUCGCACCGGCACCGCCCCACUGGACAGAAUCAAAGUUUUCAUGCAGGUUCAUUCCUCCAAGUCGAACCAGAUCGGCCUGGUUGGCGGCUUCCGGCAGAUGAUCACAGAGGGGGGUCUGAUGUCUCUGUGGAGAGGAAAUGGAAUAAACGUCUUGAAGAUCGCUCCAGAGACGGCAAUAAAGUUCAUGGCUUAUGAGCAGUAUAAGAAGCUGUUGACAGCAGAGGGUCAGAAAAUCGAGACACACAAGAGGUUCAUGGCGGGCUCGAUGGCCGGAGCCACAGCGCAGACGGCCAUCUACCCGAUGGAGGUUUUAAAGACUCGGCUGACCCUGAGGAAAACCGGCCAGUACGCAGGAAUGUUCGAUUGCGCCAAGAAGAUCCUGAGGAAGGAGGGCGUCAAAGCUUUCUACAAGGGCUACAUUCCAAAUCUACUGGGCAUCAUUCCCUACGCUGGGAUAGACCUGGCCGUUUAUGAGACUCUGAAAAACACCUGGCUGUCAUAUCACACCAAAGACUCGGCGAACCCAGGAGUCCUGGUGCUGCUGGGCUGUGGGACUAUCUCCAGUACCUGUGGGCAGCUGGCCAGCUACCCUCUCGCUCUCGUGCGCACCCGGAUGCAGGCACAAGCCUCUCUGGAUGCGACGGACCAGCCGUCCAUGACUUCUCUGAUGAAGAAGAUUGUAGCCAAAGACGGCUUUUUUGGACUCUACCGAGGAAUCCUGCCCAACUUCAUGAAAGUCAUCCCUGCUGUCAGCAUCAGCUACGUGGUUUAUGAGUACAUGAAGACUGGCUUGGGAAUCUCCAAAUGAAGCCAGAAGCAAAUACAAAGAACUUUUUACUGUGUUUGUCAGACUUGAAAAUGACUGAAACAACUCCAAAAGAUGAAACAGAACAAAGAGAAUGUGACUUCUGUCAGAUGAUGGAAAAAGUUCCAUUGGAGAAUUUUCUUUUCCGGAGGACAAAUAUCAAAGAUUUGUGGCGCAUGCUUUAAUCUUUUAACACUCCCGUAUGUGCACGCUGUCCAAAACUAGAAAAUACUUUGUUUUCAAAGUGUGGUUGAGGUGGGCCUUCCUAAGAGGACAGCGAUCAGGGGGGACGCCUUUUCCCAGAAUGACUCUUCCCUCUAAAUAUAUAAGAAUCAGAAUAUUAAAAAAGUGUUUUUUUUUUUAUUGUAAUACAAAAUUUACAGCCUGAAUUUAUUAUAAGUGUAACGUAAAGUUAUAUUUAAGUUAAAACAAGUUUUAAAGUAAAGGUGCAAGUUUAACAUUUGCACAAGAUGCAGACUUUAUGUAAAGGAAUGCCAGAAAAAGCAAUAAUAAAGUUGUCCAUAUUGCACCUUUCUCAUUUUCAACAUUAAAAAUAUUAAAGGUAAGCUGUGAAAACAGACCGAAAAAAGGAUCUCAACUGCCAACAACCUAAAAUUCCAAAAAGUAUUGCUUUGUUUGAGACAAAGCAUCAGCAUAAGGAAGAUCCCAGAGAUAUCCUAAGAGGAAAUACAUAGAUGGAAAAGCAAAUACCAUCUUAUUAAAACACACAUUGCCACAAAUAGUUCUCUUUUUAGGAGCUGAAUAAAAAAAAAAAAAUCUUUCCAGGUAUUUCAAAUUCCAGGAAUCUAAAUCAUAUGUUUUUUUGUUUGUUUUUUGCUUACAGCUUCAAACCACUAGUUAUAUUACUUUUUAAAAAUGUAAAAAUAAAAAAAUCAGAAAUGCUGAUGCUGAAAAAGAAACUGGCAGUUGACUUUUUUUUGGGGGGGCACUCAUCCUACACUUUGAAAACCCCUGCUAUUUAUAAUAGAAAAUGAAUACUAUUUCACUGAAACUGUGAUGGAAAACAAGUGAAAAUGUGCAUUUUUGUUGGAAAAACCUGAGACCUGAAGCAUGCCAUGUUAUAUCUUCUGUUGAAAAAAAAAAAAGACAGUUCGGAUCAUCGCCUGUGCACACACUCUAAAUGUAGUUUAACAACAAUCUACCACAGU